UCCUAAGUUUAGCACAACAUUCUUAAACUAUGUCUAACAAUGAAGGUGCAUUUGGGGUGAUGUAUGUGAAAUUGAAGCCUCACCUUCUCAUGGUUCUAGUUCAGCUGGUUCUUUCGUUUCUCUAUUUCCUAGUAGAGGCUUCAUUAAACAAAGCUAUGAACCCUCAUGUCUUUGUUACCUAUCGGCAUGCUGUUGGGGGCAUAGUUGUGCUUCCUUUUGCUUAUAUUCGUGAAAGAAAAACAUGGCCAAAGUUGACUUUGACGAUGUUUGUGGAGCUAUUUUUUCUUUCCCUCUUCGGGAUCCGUCUUACCCUGAACAUGUUUUUCGCAAGCUUGAAAUAUACCUCUCCUUCCUUUGUUGCAUGUAUGAUUAACACAACCUCAUCCCUUACUUUUAUAAUUGCAGUUGGACUCAGGCUAGAGGUUGUUGAUGUUAAGAACACUCGUGGGCUUGCUAAAGUUUUUGGAACUGUAUUAUCUUUGAUUGGUGCAUUGAUAAUGACUUUGUACGAAGGGCAUACGAUACAUAGCUUACAGGGUGCCCCGCUCCAUGUCAGAGGCAAUUUGGUUCAUAAAAAUUGGAUCAAAGGAUCAAUUUUGUCAGUUGCAAGUUGCAUAUCAUGGUCUUUAUGGUACAUACUACAGGGAGUUAUAUGUGGUGGUUUUGUUAUAUUCAGUCAAUUCUGGACCGCGGAACAAAAAGGGCCAGUCUUUGUGAGCAUGUUUAAUCCCCUUGGAGCAAUUUUGGUGGCAAUCCUAGCAUAUUUUGUUUUUGGGGAACAACUUUACACUGACAGUUUAUUGGCCUAUACUUGCUAGCUAUUAUGGGGAAAAGAAACUGAUCGAGAUUACAAGUCACAACAAUCUUCUCCAACCCUUGUUGAGCAGAAAGAAUGUAGGAUACAGAUAAAGACUUCAGCUGAGCAAGAGGUACCACAGAGGAACGUAUCACAUGCCACCAAUUAAUGGCUAUAUGGCCCAAUUAUUGCAGAAAACAAAUAACACUAACAAUAAGGUGUUUUUUGCUCAACGAUUAGGAGAAGUGACUAUAAAAUGUAACUUGAGGAAUUAUGUGCACUUGUAGAAAAAAAAUUGGCCUAGACAAAGUGUUACUAUUCAGUUAGUCGUACGUAAACUGUCGUCAACUUGUGUUGCUUUGACCCGUCUAAUUUUAAUGUUUCCUUUUAAUCAUAGGCUACAAAGAAAGAUGAGAUUAUUUCCCUCCCCGAAUCUCCCCAAAAAAGAAGAAAUAUUUGAAGAGAGAUAUAAAAAGAAAAUAGCAAUUAUAUAGAAACAUAAAG